UCCCGGACCAGCAGCCAGAAGCCGAGGGCGAGCCGCGAGGCCCAGCGCGAGUCAGGAAGCAGGAUGAAUCUUCGCGGGAUAGCGUGACUGGAGCGAUGGAGGUGAUCUCGACGCGUCGAUACGAGGCUCGGCCUCCGGCCGAUUCUCAUGCUUCUAUUCUAGUCGAUCCGAUGAACGCCGUCGCCACGGUCAAGGAAGAGGAAUGGGAAACGAGAAAGAAGAAGGAGAUCACGACGACGCGCCAGAUCGAGACCCGUGUCAAGCGUCAAGUCGUCCUGGAGGAUGGCGAGGUCGUCGUCGACUCUGGCCCGCUCGUCACGACAAACACGACGGAAGACGUCGAGCAGCAGGAGCACACCACACAGGAAAGGCGCACGACCGGCGACGAGCCCCAGAAGGUCGAUUGGUCGACCGUGGCCAAGAGCGGCGCCAUCGUCCAGAAGGAGCUCAACGAGACCAUCGUCAAGAGCCGCGAGGAGAUCGAGGAGCUGCUCGAGACCGAGGAUCGCCAGUAUCUCGGCGAUAUUACCGAUGAGGCGUACCUGCAGGCGGUGCGCAACAACCGGGGCGACCUGAGGCUGGCCCUCGCCGAGUCGACGCGCCAAUUGUCCGGGCAGCAGUCGUCGCCAGGGCCCCGAGUCCUCCAGCACACCACGAGGUCGAACAAGGUCGUCGACACGGAGCGCACGCUCGAACGCAGCGAGCUCAAACAGGACGGGCAGAUCGUCACCGAGAGGAAGACCACCGUCGAGCACGAGGAGAUAAAGGACGACGAGUUGCCACAGGAGCUCAAGGGUUCGGAGGAGAUGCGGGAAACCCGGAAAGAGGCGACCCAACGCUACUCCAAGACUCGGGACGAGGACAUCGUCGACUACGUCUGCAACGGGGAGCGGUUGGCUCGCGAGAUGCGCUAUGUCUCGGAGACGACGGAGGCGGAACGGACGGGAGAUUGGCCAUCGGAGCCGCGCUCCACGCGUCACCACAAACACGACACGCCGAGCAGCGUUGGCGCGUCGCGUAAGGAGCUGGAGGAGGAGGACGAGGCGCGCAAGUUCGAGACGUCCAAGUGGCUGGAAAGCCACUUUGGCAGCGAGUCCCGCUCGUCCAAGGGCUCGAUCGACGACGAGCCCGCCCCGGGCGGCACGAGUUACAUCAACGUCACGAUGAAGUCCUCGUGCGCGCCCCAGCAACGGCGCACCGUCAGGGAGCCGAGCUCACCCAGCCGCUACUUCCGGGGCAUCAGCGAGUGGUCCGAGAGAUACCAGUCCACGGAAAAGCAGCAUAACGAUGUCCGAGCCAAGUCACCGCCUCAGUACAUCCUGGAAACGACUAGGGAAUCGACGCACCUGAACGGCCAUCAGCCGUCGCAGGAAAGCCAAAACUCGAGGAGUCAGAAGGAGACAUCUUACGCGCGUAGUUACGACAUGUCGCGGCGUCAUCAGGAACGUCACUCGCCCCCGCAUGAGACGCGCGAGAAGCCGAAAAUCGAUCCGCCAUCACCGCCGCUUCGCAGGAAAGCUCGAGAGCAGCAGGCGACGAAGACAAAGUCGAGGACGGAGCGGGUGUACCAGCGGGAGCGGUCGCUGGAGCGCGCGGGCAGUCCGGUGCACGUGGUGCAGCGCACGUGGGAGAACCGGAGCCGUGACGCGUGGGAGGAGCGUCGGGGUCGAGGGGGAACCGAGUCCAGGUCGGUCUCGCCCUCGCCCGCGAGGACCGACGGCAAGAAGGACGACCACGGCAGACCCUCCAAAUGUAAAUUGCUUUCUUUUCCUGUUUUCCACUUGGCUUGUGCCCACUUUGCCCAUCCCUUCCCUCUUCAUCCCCCGCCCGCUGGCCCAUCCUACCCGUUCCGCCAUCCAUCGAGUGCCAUUGUUCACCAUUGUUGGCGUGAAAUCCCCUCGUUUACCGGAUGCGCGCCGCUUUCGUUACGUUUCAUUUGUUCCCCGCUAUUACCGCUGAUUUUUCUUUCAUUCUUCGUCCGAAAACUCGAGCUCUGCGUCCAAGCCGAGUAUGUGUCCCCACAUUCAAUAUCUCAAUACAAAAUCCUUGAAAAUAAAGUAAUGUGCCUCUCCCGGUCGCCAGCCCCGAGCCCCUCCAAGUACAAGAUCGGCGAGUCCUUCCGGAAACUGAUGGGUCGGCUGCGCUCGGCUAGUUCCGAUCGUCGUGGUAAGCGCUCGACCUCCCAGUUGACGCAGACGGAGGACGAGGGGGGCUCGACCUACCUCCAAUACAACUCGGUCGACCGGAACGUGCCCCUCGGUCCGGAUUACGAGAACUCGGAGGAUCGGCCACCGGAGCGCCCGGCCCGAUCAUCACGCGAGCCCAAGAGCUCGUCCUAUCAGCAGUCCAGCGGCCAGAGGCAUGGCCCCGAGGCCCCGACGAAGCCCGAGCAGCCGAUACACCGGUACUACCUCGGGGAAGAUCCCUUUGGGGGCAGCAUUUACGGCCGCGAGAAGGGCUAUCGGGACAGUAAGCCUCACUCUUCGAGGCACCGCUCUCGGAACGUUGAGGUGGAGAACAGCGCGGGCUCGAGUUCGCUCGGGCGCUUCUCCAGGUCGACGAGCAGACUGGCCAACGGCCACGAGCGCGGCGAACACGAGCGCACCAGUGCUCAGACCCUGCCUCGGAAAAUGCACAUCUCGAACCACUCCCGUCAGCAGCAGCAGCAGCAGCAGCAGCAGCAGCAACAACAACAACAACAACAACACUCGACAACGACGACGACGACGACGACGACGACGACGACGACGACGACGACGACGUCGACUCGGCGACUAACGAACGGCGCUUCGCCCGUCGCUCGUUUCGCUACAACCACGACCAGCAGCAGCAGCAGCAACGGAGGCAGCGGGGGUGGCAGCAAUAGCCACGAGCCUCCUCGUCAGUACGGCAGCAUGAUAAACGUCUCGUUUCGCAACACCGUCACUUCGCCCAAGACCACCCACUUUGUCCAGACGUCGAUCAACACCCAGCCCCACCAGAUCCCGCCACCCCAAAAGCCCGAGCGCACCUACAAGUCCACGCUCUCGCGCAGCAAAAGCUUCAAUGUCGAGAUCGCGGACAACGGGGUCGUGAGCACACCAAGGAGCAACGGCUACGUCAACAACAUCCGCUCGAGCUCGCACCUCAACCGCCUCGACGAGACGCCGCCGUUAAAAAGCCCCGGGAUACUCGCGAGCAUCAGCCGCAGCAAUAGGGAUUUGAUGAGGAAUGGCAGGCACGAGUAUUGACGUACCCUUUAUCUUUCAUUGUAUACGCUUCACAUUUAAGAGGUUUGCGUUCUUAGGUACUACGUUCCACAGA